CGAGCGCCUAGAGGUACUUACUAAAUCUGUCAUGCUGUUUAAAUUUAUAUGGACGGAGCUGAAGAACAAACUUCAUAGACGAAAACAAAAUCUGUGAUGCUGAGACGUUGACCGCGAUUACCGCCCAGACGUUCCGUUGCGCAUGACAAAUCUCUCUACCCGCCCGAAUUCUCUCUAAGUACUUAUUUACCCCUCCCCUCGUCGAUGAUAGAACACCACCAAAAACAAGAAAUGUCGCUUCAGAGUAUGAAUAAGUAGGAGCUCACCACUCUCAGGAGGACUUCUUCGGGUAUUGGGAAACGCCGGAGCUAGUUGAAGACGAUGAGGGCGAGGAAGACGCUGGCGGAGAUAGUAGCUCGGACGACGAUGUUGAUAUGAGAUUGCACAACUCCCCCUCCGCCUCAUUUGUAUUGCAUUUAUGCAUUGCAAAAGUAUCGUACUCGUAUAAAUGCAUUACAAAUUUCCUCAGCGUGAGAGAUAAAAUUUGUAAUGCGGAUGUAGCUUCACUUUCAGAAAAAAAUUUGUAAUGCAUGACUGCAAUUAUUACGAGCGCGAUACUUUUGCACAGGAUAGCAUUAACAGGAACACAAGCAAUGGCAGAGAUGUGGCGCCCGCAUGACAAAUCUGCACACGGGGUGUUGUGCUUACAGCUUGAGAUAAAUUCUCUCUGAAAUUUCGCACGCCAAGAGUGCCGCCGUGGCUGUGCAUUUGGUAUUCUGCAUUACAAAUGAGGUGGACGAGGGGGAGUUCUGCAUUGUCAUAGAUGAUGGUGGGGAACAGCCGACGAAGCAGACGUAUGCACCACGAACUGUCGCGCCAUUGCUUACUGGUAGAAGCUACAGAGGGAGAAAUAAAAACAGCCACCCAGACUGCAAAAACCACCAGAAGGACAGCUUCAGUUCGAUGCUGUAAUGCGGAUUUAUAGGCGAAGUUCAAUUUGUCAUGCAAAAUUUGUCAUGCAGGAGGCAAGACCAGGCACUUCAUUUGUCAUGCAGGAGGCAACUGGUCAUGUUGGCUCCUGCAGCAGGAGGCAAGACUUACUUAUCAUGCUGUAUGGAGACGAAUUCUGGUGGGCAAGUAAGUAGUCGCGACAUUUUCGAACUGAAUAGCCACCAGAAAUCCGCGAUAUCGGCUGUGCGGCAGGAGAUCAUGAUCAAGGAUCAGCCUCCCCUCGCUGGCUCGAAGGAGCACGUCGACGCGUAUAAAGACGUGCUAGAAGCCGCCAAAAAAGCAGGCGACACGGGGAUGCGGGAUAUGGCUCUUCGGAAAAUCCGAACACUGGAAAGAUAG